AUGCAAGCGACAUCGACGUGGACGAGCGCCGAUGCAUUGGCAUGCGACCUCGAGACGCUUGAAAAUGGCGUCCUCGCCAUCAAGCUAGGCGCGAGCAUCUCUCUGGAGCGGCUGGACGAAGAGUCCCCUUGCUCCAUCACGCUCGAGUUCCCAGCGGCGUGCACGCUCAAGACGCUCGAGCUCACGAGCUCCGCCCGCCACGCCGAAGUGUACGUUGGCAUCAUCAAUGCCAAGAAGGAGCGCGAGUUCAAGUACUUUGAGACGAUCCGCGGUGUGCGCGAUGGCGGCGACAAGGACCUGUACCAAGUCGCCGCAUCGUUUCCGGCCGACGACACCUACGAGCGCGCGGUCGCCAUCAUGUUCAAGUUUCUGUCGCUUCAGCCUCCUGCCAAGAAGAAUGAGCUGCGCUUGCGUGAAUGCCACGUCCGUGCAACGUCGGGGGCGUCGGCGCCGCUGCCGAGUGCACCGAGUGCUCCAUCGCUCAAUGGCGCGUCGAUGGCGAUGCUCUUUCAGGUGCAGAGCGCAAUGCAGGCGCAAAUCGAAGCCAAAAUAUACAGCGCGAUUGACGCCAAGCUCAGUCAGCUGGCAGCGCGGCUGCAGUCGUCGGAAGCGCUCGUCCAGCGCCUCGCCGCGCAGGUUCACGAGAACCAGUCGUCCCAUGACGCGGCGGCGCUCGCCAGUGUCCUCGACCGCCUGAGUCACUUGGAAACCGAUCUCGCAGCGCUCAAGACGCAUCAUGUACCGAUCCAGGUCGAUCCAACCGCCGGCGAAACGUCGAUUGAUAGAUAGAAAAUGUACUACGAGCUGUACGCAGCGUUGAGCACCUUUGCGUGCUGCAGCUUGUUGCUAAAGGAACCUGUCUUGCGCAC